GUUUGUUCCGCUCGGCACCUACUGAGCCACGCGGUCCGCAAUUGAAAACCACGGGUUUGAGACCGAGUGCGGUGUGAAGCUGUCAUCGAGUUGGGCUUCAGAGAAUAUAGGUCGCUGGGAACGGAACCCCGCGAUUCCUUCAUUUUCUUUGAUCGUUCAGUCCCGCAACGAACAAGACCCUUGAGCGAUUCCCUGUGGACCAAGCAAUAUACACUCACGACAAUAACCACUGCCUACCUUGAAAAACAACAAACGGCAUCAGAAAAUGGCUGGCUCAGUCAUGAAGGCAGUCGGUGCGUUCUCGCUUUUCUUGUUACCCUCUUACCCACAACCGCCACCGCUUUGACGAAACAACUCUCGUUCUAACAAGGUCAGACGUCAAAAACGGCACCGGCCCGGCCUCGGCCCUCUUCAUCAAUCCCUCCACUCCGACGCCGCAGCCCGGUCCCGGCCAAGCUCUCGUCAGGGUCCGCGCCUUCGGCCUCAACCGUAUGGACCUGCUCCAGCGCGAAGGGCGCUACCCCCUUCCCCCGCAUGCCCCCAAGACGCUGGGGGUCGAAUUCAGCGGCACCAUCGAGUCUCUCGGCCCGGGCGCAGACGCCUCCUCCUCCUCCUCCUCCUCCUCCUCCUCCUCGUCGUCGUCGUCGAGAUUCAAACCAGGCGAUGCCGUCUUCGGCCUGGCUUACGGGGGCGCCUAUGCCGAGUACAUCGCCGUGUCGACCAAGAUGCUCCUGCGCAAGCCCGACUACUUGACCUUCGAGCAGGCUGCAGGCAUCCCCGAGACGUGGAUCACGGCCAUCCAGGCGCUGCACUUUGUCCCGCAGGCGCAGCCAGGCCAGAGCGUGCUUUGGCACGCCGGUGCCUCCGGUGUCUCCAUCGCCGGCAUCCAGCUGUCCCGGCUCGCCGGCGCGAGCGAGAUCUACGCCACGGCCGGCUCGGCCGAGAAGUGCGCCUUCGUGGAGAAGGAGCUGGGUGCCGCGCUGGCCGUCAACUACAAGGAGGCGAACUGGGUUGAGGAGAUUCUGAAGCGGACCGGGGGGAGAGGGGUGGAUCUGGUGGUGGACUUUGUCGGCGGCGACUACUUUGAGAAGAAUCUCGACGUCAUCGCGAGGGAUGGGCGGAUCUGCAUGCUGGGGCUAAUGGGAGGGGCGAUUGCGGAGAAGGUCAACAUUGGAAAGUUGCUGUACAAGCGGGCACGGGUCGAGGGGAGUACCCUGCGGAGCAGAGAUGAGCAGUACCAGGGGAGGCUGAGGGACAAGCUGGAGGAGUACCUGCCCAAGUUCGAGAGCGGGGAGCUCAAGGUGUUGAUCGAUACCGUCUUGCCGUGGGAGGAGAUCGUCAAGGCCCACGAGCUGCUGGAGGCGAACAAAACCAUGGGCAAGAUCAUCUGCACCAUCCCCUGAGGGAGAGCUCCAGCCCCCGAGUCAUGAGAUAUGAAGAGAGCAGCAAGGCAGCAUCGUGAUAACCGCAUCAACCCGCCUGCCGAUCCCUUGAACCAAGAUCAAAUCAAACCCUUGUAGCCGGAAGAACGCCUAUGGUACCUGCUUGCUUAAUGCUCCUUGAUCCAUUUCAGCAUCUGCUCAAACGCAGUUGCCUGCGCCAUCUUGAUGUUUGGGUCGUCAUAGUCCCCCACGACCGCGAAGCC